GUACAGUAUAAGGCACGAGCCCUCCCGUCUCCCGCAUAAAUCAUAAACCACACGCAACAUAUUCCUCACGCGUCUUCAAUCCCACUGCAUCAUCAAACCCCUAAACACCAAGCAACCAACCAGCCAAAUCAACAAACCGCAGCCAUGAAACUCGUCAUCCUCGCCGCCCUUCUCUCCGCCCUCCAACUCACCGCCCUCGCCGACUCAACAAUAACAUGCUCCACCUGCCCAUCAUCCACCCCCGCAGCCCCAGACAUCGUGACGCGCACUGAUGCCCCAGUGACGCCCUGCUCGGCGGCUGUGCUGACUGCUGUGUCUGAUUCUUCGACUGGGGGAGCGGGCGGGAGUGGUGGAGGUACGGGAGGAGGAGCGAAUGCGACCGGGACUGGGGGUGCGCAGCCGACGCCGAGCCCUAAUGUUGGGGGGAGGGUGAUGGGGAGUGCGGGGGGGGCCGUGGUGUUGGGUGUUGUUGUUGCGUUUGUGUUGUGAGAUGGCGAGUGACGGGAAAUAGGAGUGAGGUGGUGAGAGUGCUGAAUACAGAGUGGAUGGGUGUGAUAUCUGGUAGGAGGGUUAAUUAAUGGCUUGUUGAGAAAGGGGCUUCGUGUGUAGGGGUGUAAUAUACCAUUAAAUUCCAUCCAUAGCGUAGCAAUACGCAGACUCCAUGCU